UAUACUGCAUAUUGUGAGAGGCGGGACUUCCCUUCGUUCACGGAUAGAAGUUUAGGUGAGAACGCAGAAGGGCUUCGUUACUGUAUCAACUAUUGGUAGGCCUAUCACCGGUUUAAGCCUCGGUACAGCAGCACAACUACUAGGAUACAAUGACGCCGCGAGGGACAUAGUAGCCCAUAUCGGCGAUGCUAACCUGAAAGGUCUUGUGCAACUCCACCCUGUGAACAUGUCUGAUGUCAACAAGACUAUCCAGAAAUGGCACGCGAGUUUCAGAAAGGGCACGGACUUUGAUUCGUGGGGACAAUUAGUAGAGGCGAUAGAUGAGUACCAAAUACUCGCAAGGCAGCUGCAGAAAGAGGUCCAGUCAACAAACCCAUCUGACUUCACAGAGGACCAGAAGAAAACAUUAGGGAAGUUUGCAACAUGCCUGGAGAUGAGAAGCGCUGCCUUGCAGUGCACACAGUCUCAGGAGGAGUUCAAGUUGGAAGAUCUGAAGAAAUUGGAACUUAUUAUCAAGAAUAUUCUGACAUAUAACAAAGAUUUUCCUUUUGAUGUGCAGCCAGUGCCCUUGAGGAGAAUCCUUGCCCCAGGGGAGGAGGAAAACUUGGAGGUGGAAGAAGAGGAGGAGGAUGCUACAGGAGCAGGCUCCCCAGAAUCCUCUCCCAACAGAGUGCCAGCGUUCACCAAAAUGGGUACAUUGUUGCCACGGUUACCCUCAGAGCCCGGGAUGUCGCUGCUCACGAUAAAGAUUGACAAGAUUGGGCUGAAAGAUGCAGGGCAAUGCAUUGAUCCCUACAUGACAGUUAGUGUGAAAGAUGUGAAUGGCAUUGAUUUGAACCCGGUGCAAGACACACCUGUGGCUACCCGAAAGGAGGACACAUACAUUCACUUCAGCGUAGACAUCGAGAUCCAGAGACAUAUCGAGAGACUACCAAAAGGGGUAGCUAUUUUCUUUGAGUUCAAGCACUAUAAACCCAAGAAGGGGUUUACCAGCACAAAAUGUUUUGCCUUCAUGGAAAUGGAUGAGAUCAAACCUGGUCCCAUUGUGAUCGAGUUGUACAAGAAGCCCACUGACUUCAAGAGGAAGAAGCUCCAGCUCCUGACAAAGAAGCCACUCUAUCUCCACCUCCACCAGACGUUGCACAAAGAUUAAUAACCGAGGUCACUGAAUGGAGCACAUCAAGAAAGCAGAAGCACCACAGAAUUCCACUGUAGUCAUCAGACAUCCAACAAAGUUUGGUGUACCUACUGCGUAUCCGCCUCCACUCACAUCAGCAAUACUAAACCCAGCAGGCCCAAAGGCCACACCCUCAACUCUGUCAUAGGAUGGCCCUGGAUGACACAUAUUAACUACAGCGGUGACAACACCCUACUGUAUAAUGCUGCGUUCGUAACCAGGUGGGAGGUGGGAAUUUACCAGUUGUGAAGUCGUAAAUACCAGUUGGAUGCAUUCACGUGCUUUGAACUUGUUGAGAAAGGCUGAUUUGUCUAAUGGCCAACAAGCUUCCUAAGCCAUAAACUAAAAGCUAUCAUGCUGGUAAACAAAUGAGUGUUAAAAAACCAUAUUAAUAGAUUGCUUUUUAUAAAUAAGGUUUUGUUGUUGAAUUUAACUGCCGAAAAGGCUGUUAUCCAGGUCAUUUCCUUAAUAGGUGACGUCAGAGGUCAGCAUGUGGGAGAAGUGGGAGCUCAGGAUGAUAUAUACGAGUUUCUCACUAGUAAUUUCCAGUUGGAGGGCCGUUCAAAUGGAUUUUUCCCAGUCCUAUAUGGUAAAUUCCCACUUGGUUACGAACGCUGCAUUUGACCCCUCUGAUGCCAAUUAGCGAUAACUUUUUUCUCCUCUCUGCAUGACGUUCAAUGGAAAAUAAGAGUUGAGUUAGCAAUUGGCACUGUAUGUCAAGCAACCAGCAGAAAAACAACCAGCCUCGUCUUUAGUCUUCCUCUGUCUUUCCGUUUGGGGACAAAAGAGGAACAACAUGGUCAUAGGUGGUCAAGCGGUGUAUUGAUGAUGUCAUAUCCUGGUGCCAAUUUCAAAUGGGCACAAUGAGAUAUUUUGACACAACUGCCACAGAGUGAAAACAUAACUGCCCUGUUCAUUUACUUAAAAAUGCACCCUUAUCACUGAUCUGGCAUUAUUUAAUAGGUAAAAGCAAUAUAUUGGGAUAUUUGCUUUAAUCUAUCCUAUCACAGAUCUGUGAUUACUUCAAGGAUGGGCGGAAGUAAGGAUGCAUUUUAUUACCAUUAAAAAAGGAUUCUGAGAUGCUAUGAUGUCAUCCUGUUGUAAAGGGAUUUGAAAAAGGAUGCUGCAUGUAACUGAAGUUGAUUUCUACCUUUGUUUUGAAUGCUGUUCCCAUCAAUGCCACAAUGGCUAACCACUAUUAAAACAUUGUCUACAUUUUUAUUAAUAUUUUGAUAUUUUUUUUGUAAUGGCACUAACUGAAUAUACUUAUGGUGCUUUCAAGACAACUGGGAACUCUGAAAAGAACGAGGUAAAAUCAUGACGUCAGUGAUCUUCAAGUCGGAGCUCUAGAAAGAGUUUCCGACUUGGAAUUCCGAGUUGUAUGACCGUUCAAAAAGAUAUCCCAGUUGGGAGUUCCCAGUUGUCUUUCCAAGUUCCCAGUUGUUUUGAAUGUGGCAUUUAGAGACACUAAUCAGUGCAUAUUAUUGUGUGUGUGCUGUCUGACAAGGUUGACGAUUGUCAAUACAGUGUUGUGCUUUGGGUGACAGGUUGUGAGAAAAUGAACAUUUAUCAUUGGAUUGACAAUUUACACUGCUUUCAUUUCUAAUAAACAACAAAAUGCUGUUUGAA